AUGACAACAACCUGUUCAACAAUUACAGUUCAAGCUCCAAUGAAUAUUGCUUUAAUUAAAUAUUGGGGAAAGAAAAAUAAAGAUUUAAUUAUUCCUUUAAAUGAUUCUAUAUCUAUAACAAUUAACAAUCUAUGUGCUAUUACAAAGAUUACUGUUGAUUCUAAUUUAAAAAAUGAUUUGGUUAUAAUUAAUGGAAAAACAGAAAAUAAUUGUCGUUUUGAAAGAGUUUUUAAUGAAGUUAGAAAUAUUAUUGAUAGAAGAAAGAGAAAUGUGAAUGGUGAAUUGUUAAAUGAAAAUAAAUAUUUUAAAAUAGAAUCCAAAACUAAUUUUCCAAUCGCGGCUGGAUUAGCUUCUUCGGCUGCUGGUUUUGCUGCAAUUUCUUUUGGACUAGGCUCUUUAUUUAAAUUUAAAGAAUUGAAGGAAAUUGUUAGAAUUGCUAGAAUUGGUUCUGGUUCUGCUUGUAGAAGUAUUCUUGAUGGAUUUGUUCAUUGGAAAGCGGGGAAUAGUGAUGAAGAUGAUUCUGAAUGUAUUUGUGAGCAAAUAACACCAAUUUCACAUUGGAAAGAACUUCGAGUACUUGUAAUAACUACAAGUGAAGAACGUAAAAAAAUUGGAAGUACAGAAGCAAUGCAACGUUCAGUUUUAACUUCAAAACUUUUACAGAAAAGAAUUGAGGAAUGUGUUCCGAAAAGGAUUGAAAAUUUAAAAGAAGCUAUUUUAAACAAAAACUUUCCUCAAUUUGCUGAAAUAACAAUGGCUGAAAGUAAUCAAUUACAUGCUAUUUGUCUUGAUACUUAUCCUCCAAUUAUUUAUUUAAAUUCAACAUCUUUUGCAUUAAUGGAAUUUGUUCACGAUUUUAAUACUUUUUAUUCUUCUCCAUUAAUUGCUUAUACAUUCGAUGCUGGCCCUAAUUGUUUUUUAUUUUUUGAAGAAAAAACAUUUCCAUUAUUUUAUAAUUCUUUUAAAAAAUGUUUUAAUUAUAGUAAAGAUUUAAUUAAAAUUAAUUUUGAUGAAAAUGAAAAUAAAGAAAUUAAAAAAUUAAUUAGUGAAGGUUUUUUAAAAGAGAAAUUACUAAAUAAAAUUUAUUUAAUUUUUAAAGAAAAUAAUGGAGAAAUAUUAAAAGGAAAAGAAGAAAUUCAAUUUCCUUGGUUAGAAGCAAAACAAAUUAAUAUUCAACAAUUAUUACUUAGCAAACUUGGAGAUGGGCCAAAAAUUUUAGAAUAA